AUGGUCAACAUUAGCGGUCGCCUCGGAGACCCACUGGUAGGGGACGGGCGGUCGUGGGCUGUGAUAACGGGUGCGACGGACGGCAUAGGCCUGUCAUACGCCCGACAGUUGGCUCACAAACGCUAUAAUCUAUUACUCAUCUCUCGAUCGGCGGAUAAACUCGAAAAAGUGAGAAACGAUUUACAAGUAAUACAACAGCCGUUAAACACAACCACAAUAGUAUUGGACAUUGACUUCGCUAUCAAUACCGAUGAAGUGUACGAUCGCAUUGACCGGGAGUUACAGACAAUGAACAUACAUGUGCUCAUUAACAAUGUUGGUAUGUAUUGUCCGGAUGGUGUGCCCAGAAAUUUCAUUGACGUACCAGAUCUAAGCAAAUAUAACCAAGAUAUAAUCAAUGUAAAUAUCAUCGCCUGCACACGAUUAACAGCGCUGAUACUGCCGGCAAUGAUAAACAGGAAUCGGGGUGUUAUCAUUAAUUUAUCCUCAUUUGGGGCCACAUUUCCGUACCCACAACUGGCCGUAUACUCGGCUACAAAAGUAUACGUCGAUUACUUUAGUCGAGCGCUGGAGGCCGAGUGCAGACACACCGGUGUUGUUGUACAAAGUGUUUUGCCCUUUUUUGUAUUGACCAAGAUCAUUGGGCACGUGGGCACCCAAUCAUUUGCCAGAUUAAUUAUGCCAACGGCCGACAGCUUUGUUGGUCAGGCAAUCGGAACCGUUGGCCGCCAGAGCCGUACUGCCGGACAUCUCUUUCAUCGUUUGGUUUAUUUACUCAAUAGUUAUUUGAAAAUGCAUAAAUUGGAUUAA